AUGCUUCCCGGGCCAGAACGAGAAAAUGUCAACCAUGGCGGAAAAGUCAUCAUGCCGCCAAGUGCGCUGGACAAGCUCACACGGCUUCACAUUACAUAUCCCAUGCUUUUUGAGCUUCACAAUCGAGUGAAAGACCGGACGACGCACGCUGGAGUUCUGGAGUUUAUUGCUGAGGAGGGAAAGAUAUAUCUGCCAUUCUGGAUUAUGCAAACCCUUCUUCUUGAACCUGGAGAUCUCUUGCAAAUUAAAUCAACAGAUCUUCCACCAGGUCAGUACAUUAAACUGCAAGCGCAGUCAACGUCGUUCCUCGAUAUUAGCGACCCCAAGGCCGUCCUAGAAAAUGCCUUCCGCAACUUCUCUUGCCUUUCUAAAGAUGACAUUUUUACCUUCUCAUAUAAUGACCAUAUCUACGAAAUGGCGGUGCUCGAGACAAAACCACAGCACUCCAAAAAUGCUAUCUCAGUCUUGGAGACAGACCUCGAAGUAGACUUUGCUACCCCUGUGGGAUACGAAGAACCAAAACGAAUCAACGAACCAAGCACGCUGCAGAGUGCAAUUGGCGGAAGUCUUCCGGCUGGUGGCAUGCUUCAUUCUCACGGCACAAUGGCACAGUCAAUAAACUACUCCGCCAUUGCGCCUGAGUCAAUGGACGCGACAAAGGGAGCCAAGGCUAUAUCAUCUAACUUCCUUAUCGGUGGACAACGGCUGAAUAAUAAAAAGGGAAGCAAAGGACCAACUCCAAAGGCGUCCACUCCAGUGUCUGCCGCAUCUUCUAACGCUUCGCUACUUCCCCUGCCCAACCCCAGGAUGAAUGGGCCUCAACCACUCCGUUUACAGUCUGGUAAGCUGUUUUUUGGCUAUGCGCUUAAACCAGUGAAGAAACAAGAUGCAAAAGAGAAAGCGGAGGAUGGACAGCCGAAAUUCAAUGGGGUUGGCCAAACAUUGCGUGGAGUCUCCAAAAGAAAAGGGGCAAGUACCGGAGACCCAUCAACUCCCGUGUCUGCCAGCGAUAAUGAGAGCAAAAGUGAUCCGAAAGCACGGAGUCCGGGUCGAACACUUGGGCAUGGAUCCAAUCGCCCAAUGUAG